AUGGCAGCUCAUGCCGCGAAGAGAAGGCGGCUGAGCCCUGCUAGAGAGCCUGCGGCCGCCUCUGUGCUGAAUAAUUUCUACGCCAAUGCCUCACAAUGGGACCUUGAGCAAGACUACGAGCGGCGGCCGAGGAAAGGCAGCAAGAAGGAAAAGGAACGGACGAAGCUACCAAUAAAGACUGCGGAGGGCGCAAUACAACAUGUUCAAGAGCCUGAUUAUUCGGAAGCUGAAUCGCUAAGCCUCUUAGACUCAGAGGAAGAAGCUGAGGAUGCCACCCCUGCGCCUAAAGCGAUGGUCCAGGAACCCGUAUCUCAGGUCCCAAUAAAGCUGCAGAUAAUACAAGCAAAGGAGAAUCUAGCCAAAAUUGCAAUGCUGAUAAAUGAGGAUCCGGAGGAACACCUAGAGUUAUUUAAGAAAUUGGCUGAGAUGGUGAAAUCGGCACCCUUACCAGUGAUCAAGAAACUUGCGUUGGCUACUCAGGCUGCAGUUUACAGAGAUGUCAUCCCUGGGUACAAAAUAAGACCAAUUCGAGAUGAAGAAUUAGCUGUGAAAGUGUCUAAAGACGUCCGAAAACUCCGCGAUUAUGAGCAGGCACUUCUUUCGGGCUAUCGUAACUAUAUUCACCAGUUAACCACAUUUUCGAGGUCGGCAGAUGAUGAGGGCCUCAAAUCGGCAGCAAUCAACUGUGCGUGCAAUUUGUUAGCUGCUGUGCCCCAUUUCAAUUUUCGACAAGAAUUAUUAAAGAUCUUGGUCUAUCAACUUUCUCGUCGUCAAGUUAACGCAAAUUUUGUCAAGGCGCGCGAAACGCUCAAAAAAGUGUUUGUCGAUGACGAAGAUGGGAUAAUAUCCAUGGAAGCCGUUGGCCUACUUACCAAAAUGAUGAAAGUCAAGAAUUUCCACGUUCAUUAUAGCGUCCUAGAUACCUUUUUACAUUUACGACUCUUAUCAGAAUUCUCCAUGAAGGGCUCUAAAGAUGGUAUCGAUAAGGAUGAGGAUGAGAGUAUAACAUACAAUGGCAAAAAAAUCAAGGAGAAGCGGGAAUUCCGGACGAAAAAAGAGCGAAAAAUGAUCAAGGCACAAAAAGGUGCCGCAAAAGACCUGAAGGAAGCUGAUGCUCUAAUAAAACAUGAACAGCGUGAUAAAAUGCAAGCGGAAACCUUAAAGCUUGUUUUUACUACGUACUUUCGAAUUCUGAAGCUUCGAAACGACUCUUUGAUAGGCAGCACAUUGGAAGGCCUAGCUAAAUAUGCUCAUUUGAUCAACCGAGAUUUUUUUGGUGACUUACUUGAAGUCCUCAGAGAACUUAUAUCGGAAUCCCAACUGGGCGCUUCCGUGGACGAUAACUCAAUACAAAAUAACGAGGAUGAUCUAGAUGAUCCUCAAAGAAAAACAUCCAGAAAUUCCACACGAGAAUCACUUCUUUGCUCAACAACCGCAUUCGCCCUUCUUGAAGGUCAGGAUGCAAACAAAGCUGCUUCCACCCUCCAUCUUGAUCUCAGCUUCUUCAUCUCCCAUCUUUAUCAAUCUCUUUAUCCCACCUCCUUGAAUCCUGAAAUCGAAUUCAAUCCAAAUACUUCUCUACGUCUCCCUGAGCCGGGAUCUGUUGUAUCCAGCACUGAAACCCAAGAAACAGAAACCAAAGUCAAUUUCCAAACUCCAACAGUUCUUCUGCUCCGAUGCCUUCAGUCCAUUCUCACCGCGAAAGGCACCUCUGCUCCGACACCGCUACGUGUAGCUGGUUUUACCAAACGCCUCAUGACUGGGUCGAUUCAAUUGCCUGAAAAAUCAUCAUUAGCUGUUUUAUCGCUGCUAAAUCGUGUUGCAAAAAUCCAUGCCCGGAAGGUCGCACCCCUCUGGAACACGGAUGAACGAAAGGGAGAUGGUGUUUUUAACCCAUAUGCCCCUGAUGUGGAGGGGAGCAAUGUAUUUGCUGGCACAAUGUGGGAAGGAGAGCUGUUACGACUUCAUUUUUGCCCGCAGAUUAGAGAUGCAGUACGGGACAUUGAGAAAACAAUAAUGAACCUCAAAUGA